AUGCUCAUUAGCCUUGGUCACCUUGCUGGUCAACUUGGAGGAUUUGUUGGUGAAAGUGAGAGUGUUAAGAAAGCCGUUGUGAAGGCUAUUAUCGCUAAAAUUAACAGUCAUGAAGAGCUUAAAAAUGAUUACUCUUCUCUUGUUACUAACCUUUCUGAGUCUGUCAAGUCUGGUGGCCAGUCUGAUGACACCCAGAAAAUUAGUGAGCUAAAAAGUAAAGUAACUCAAAAAAUUGCCGAAAUUACUGACCAAAUUAAGUUACUUGAAAAGCCUAAUAACCAUCUUAAUAAUCUUCCUCCUUCCCCCUCUCCCUCUGCUGACUCAGCCAAAUUGCGGUCCAAGUUGGAGGCUUUGGAGAAAGUGGAGAAGCUUUGUGAUUUCUAUACUAAUUUUAAUAAUCCACAAAAUGAUCCUAAAAACCUCCUUGUUAAUUUAUGUGACGGCCUUCAGACUUUCCUCGGUUUCUCCUCUGACUCCAAAGGCUACACUGGCUCUGGGAUUGUCUACUCCGACCUGGACAGGCUGUGUGACGCGGUGAUGGGAUUUUUGAGUGGUGUUCUCAAUGCAGUGAAAGAUGAUGAUGCAGUUAGAACGUACGAUAAAGAUAUCAGUGGAGAUAAAAUUGAUACAGUUAUUAGCAUGUUACAAUCUUCAAUUGGCUCCGGGCGUGAUGGGCUUGUGGAUGCUGUCGCCGCGGUGAAGGAGUGGUUGGAGGGGUAUGGAAGUCAGUUAAACAAUAAAAUUACUGCAGUGAAAGAGCCCAUAGAGGUCAUGAAAAAUUUAGUUGAACACGAUAAAAAUGAAAUUAAAAUAGAAAAAGACAAGAACCUUAUUACGCAGGUGCAGGAAUGGACCGAGCGAGCUGGGAGGUACGCAUCGUAUGCUGACAAGGCCAAAAAGGCUUUAAAAGAUAUUGAUCCUACGCUAUUAGGUAAGUUAAAGUGUAGCAUUUCAUUGCUGGUUCAGGCCACGGGAACGUUCAAGGCGGCGGCGGAGGAUGGAGACCUGAAGGACGUGUAUGAAGAGGCAGGUCAGAAAAUGCAUGAACUCCACGUAUUUCUGGAAAAACGGUUUAAGACGUAUACGUAUAAUUUACAUAAAUACUUGAAGGAUCAAAUUGGAGCAUUGAAUGGUGACCUUACAAACUUUAAAAAUAAACAAUUCUCUCGGUUGUUUUCAUCUAUCAACAUAGAGCUUUUCAAUGCAUUUAACACGGUUCAGACUGCGAUUGAGAGACUUGAAACCAAUUAUCAAAGCAGAAUCGUGGACGGGUUGAGUCCCAUUGUAGAGAAUGCAAAGCUGCUUAAAGGGAAGGUUGAAAGUGAGAAGGGUAUCUUAAGGACACAAGUGACUAGUUUAGGUGACCGAAUGAGUGCGCUCACUACGCUCUAUAGGAGCGUUAAUAGCGAGGUGCCGGACGAAGUAAAUAAGUUUAAGAAAAGCGAUGGAUGGAGUGUGGAGCAGUAUGUCGAGCAAUUUAAGGUUACGAUUAAAGAUAAGAUAUCCGAGUAUGUUACGGAUGAAUUAUGUGAUAAGAUAACUGCUGCUCUUAAGAAAUUCACUGAUCCUAUUGCAAAUGACGAAGGAGAUGUAGAGGGCUCUCUUGAUGUGAUUCAGAAGGCAGUUGUUACCUGUGCGGGAAAGUACAAAAAUUUUGAAAACAUAGUGAAAGUUUGGUUAAAACUAUAUUAUUGA